GCGGCAGCUCACUCAGGUACCCUGAGGCCGAUGUACUUGGUACUUUACUUGAAGUACAUAACACCUCAUUUGCGUUGUACUUUACUUCAAGUACUCUGUAGAUGUGCUUUACCCAAUACUGGCAAAGAUCGAGAUCACGGUGUAAAUGUUAUUAGUGUCAGCUCUUCUGGACGUCGGCAAUACCAGCGGUGCCAGCGCGAACAUGACCGGAGCGGCGCUGUUCCUGUCCCUCCGUGAGACCAACGCCACCACAGACCCUUUAGUGGAAACUGCGGGCGGCAUAUGCUCCAGCUGGUUGCCCACGAACCACGUCUACUUCCACAUCGCCAACGUCUUCUUACUCUUGUCCUACGUGACUCCCGAAGGACCUUACGGCCUGCUCUACCUGCGAGCUGUCAUCGGCGCGGGAUCUUUCCUUUUCGCGCUAUGGGCGACCGUUGUCUUGUGCGCCUUCGACACGUUCCUUUGGAACUCCCUGUUUACGCUCAUCAACCUCGUCCAUGGCCUCGUGCUCGUCUACGCCCUGCGACCCGUCUCGCUCCCUGGCGAGCUGAGGGCAGUCUUCGAGGUCCUGUUCCAGCCGCUCGGGGUGACACGUCGUCAGUUCCAUAUCAUCGCCACGCGCGUCGAGGGGACGCAAGAGCUGUGCCCGGGACAGAAUCUGGCCGUCGAAAAGGUCACCCAGAACGACAGGCUUUCGCUCGUCCUCAGCGGCAGUCUCCUUGCAUCCGAAAACAGUCGGCCGUUGCAGGUAGUCGGCAAGUACGAGUUCCUCGAGUCUUGCGAGUGGUUCGAGGCUCCUGACAGCGACCAGUACCAAGUGACUGCCACGGCGAUGGGAGCGUGCAAGGUCUUUGUGUGGAAACGGGAACCACUAAGGAAGGCCGUCAGCAGGGACUUUCAUCUGAAAGCAGCAUUCGAGAACAUUCUGGCCAAGGACAUGGCGCGCAAGUUGCACACGAUGAAAAGUUUAACAAUCACCCAGCGUCUUUUCCGGCACGAUGAUGUCCCCGUCGAUCUUCCAGAAUGUGAUAUUUAGGGCUGGGCACUUAUCGAUUAACUUACCGAUCGAACAAUUAAUUCUUCAAUCGCGAUGAAAUUUUUAACAGAUUAGUCGGCUAAAGUUUGGGGGGAAAAAAAAAACUAAGAAUUUAACGCCUUUACUGCGCAGACGUGGACGAGUACACGUGUACGAAGGCAAACUUUAGGUAAAAUUUUGACCUCAAGAAAACUGUAGUAGCGAGAUUUGUAACUCCUAAUGCCCGUGUCCCACUAGAGCGACAGACAGAGACAAAAGACAGCGACAAGCCUCAAACCUAUGCAGCAUGCUCACGAUGGUACCUUUGACAGGCGUUUGGUCGUUCGGUGCUCGUGAAGUAAGCACGAGCGAUUGCAAGCC